CUGCGCCGCUCCUCCACUGUGAUUCCAUGCUGUGAUUCAACUAGAGAAAGGAUAAAGUGUCCAAACACAGAGAAAAACUCCUGCUGAAGCGACUGAUCUCCACACUGUUAUAAAGAUGGCGUUUAUUAAAGAGGAGAGUGAAGAUGUGAAGAUUGAAGAAACAUUCAGAGUCAAACAUGAAGAUCUGCAGGAACAAACAGACCUGAUGGUGCUGAAAGAAGAGACUCAUCAAUGGAAUAAAAUGGAAGAGAAACAGCAAGACAUAACGACUGAUGAAAAAGCCACACUGACUAAAAAGACUUCACAUGGAAGACAUCUGAAAUCCAAAUCUGAGUGUAAUUUCAGCUGUAAACAGAGUAGAAAGAGUUUCAGUCAAAAGCCAAACCUUGAUGUUCACAUGAGAGUUCACACUAGGGAGAACCCUUACACCUGCAAACAGUGUGGAAAGAGUUUUCCUAAAAUCCAUGGCUUUAAAGCCCACAUGAGAAUUCACACUGAAGAGAGGCUGUACACAUGCCAACAGUGUGGAAAAAGCUUCUGUCAUGCAAGAAACUUGGCAGUGCACAGGAGAAUUCACACUGGGGAGAAGCCUUACUCUUGCCCUCAGUGUGGAAAGAGUUUUAAUCAAAAUAACAACCUUGAAGUCCACAUGAGAACUCACAAUGAACGAAAAAUAUUUACUUGCACACAGUGUGGGAAAAGUUUUGCUAAAAAACAAAACGUUGACCUCCACAUGAGGAUUCACACUGGAGAGAAACCUUACACAUGCACUGAGUGUGGUAAACAUUUCACAUAUAAAUCCACAUUCAAUAACCACAAGAGAACUCACACUGGAGAGAAACCUUACAGAUGUACAGAGUGUGGUAAAAGUUUCCUAAAUAAAACCACACUCGAUAAACACAUGAGGAUUCACACUGGAGAGAAACCUUACAGAUGCACAGAGUGUGGUAAAGGUUUCAGAUGUAAAAGCACACUCAAUCACCACAAGAGAACUCACACCGGAGAGAAGCUGUUUGCAUGUGCUGUGUGUGGAAAGAGGUUCACAACCAAACCUAGCCUCAUAAAUCACAUGAAUGGUCACACUGGAACCCUAGUGUUCACAUGUGAUCAGUGUGGAAAGAGUCUCACACGCAAAGACGCCAUUAAGCGACACAUGAUGAUUCACUCAGUAGAGCGUUUUAGAUGCAGUGAGUGUGGAAAGGACUUUAAACAUAAAAGAAGCCUCAGCGCUCACCUGAAGCUUCACAAUAGAGAGCAGAGUCCUCAACAUUUAGGCCUUGUCCACACAAACACAGGUAAAUUCAAAAUGGAACCUUUUUCAUGUAGUUUGGUUGUUCAUUCACAUGAAGUUCAUUUAUAAACUACUUUUGAGAGGAUCACAUGCUUAUGAUUGUCCACGGCUGGUCCUGCAUUAGCUAACACAUGAUUCACCAAUCAGAUGAAUCCUGACUCACUAUAAAUAACCAGAGUGUCUUACUUCAGUUAUCUUCAUCUUGAAGAAUCCCUCUCCCACUCCUACCCUUCCUCCUUUCUAGAUUGGUGCCAAAUUGGUUGCCCAUAGUCGAGCUCUUAGAAGCCAUAUAUCUUCCUUUAGCCAUCUCUAUAUCUGUCAUUAGAACAGAAACAAGUCUGGGGAUUUCAUCAAGAUCUACCAGAGCUCAAACUCCCCUCUCUCCCUGCUAACGGAAGGGAGUCGAGGGCUUGAGGAUCUUAUGAGCUUAGGGCUCUCUCCCGGGACAGCAUACCAAACAAGUGUGAACUCUUGAAUACAUAUCAAGUUACUGGAAAUGAAACCCUUUGAACAUCUGAAGAUGUAAACUCAAUAACUGAAGAGGGGUGAAGAUUUUGACAACUGUUUUGUAGUGUAGAUCAGGGCUCACAGCCCAGUACCGGGUUGUGAGAGUUGCUACCGGGCUUCAAGAAUGCAAAAUAACUCUAUAUGUUGAUAGACUGUGUGGCUUGUUUCACAUGCAAACACCUACAGGAACUCAAGAAUUGUGACCCAACCAAAGCAGUUGGGUAAUCUCUUACUUGAAGAUCACUGAUGAGAAACUGCACUAUUGUCUUCAAUAAAGUUUUCUCCCCAUAAGAACUUUGGUCAGCUUGCUUACUUUAUGUAUUAGAG